ACAUGCCGGGCACGCCUGGCGCCGCGGCCACCCAGGAUGGCGCGGGCCCCGAGCUCUCCCCGCCCUGCAGUCCGAGCUACGAUCUCACAGGCAAGGUGAUGCUUCUGGGAGACUCAGGCGUCGGCAAAACCUGUUUCCUGAUCCAAUUCAAAGACGGGGCCUUCCUGUCCGGGACCUUCAUAGCCACCGUCGGCAUAGACUUCAGGAACAAGGUGGUGACCGUGGAUGGCGUGAAGGUGAAGCUGCAGAUCUGGGACACCGCAGGGCAGGAGCGUUUCCGCAGUGUCACCCACGCCUACUAUCGAGAUGCCCAGGCCCUUCUCCUGCUGUAUGACAUUACCAACAGAUCGUCCUUUGACAACAUCCGGGCCUGGCUCACGGAGAUUCAUGAGUACGCACAGAGUGAUGUGGUGAUCAUGUUACUAGGUAACAAGGCGGAUGUGAGCAGUGAAAGGGUGAUCCGUGUGGAGGAUGGGGAGACACUGGCCAGGGAGUACGGAGUUCCCUUCAUGGAGACCAGCGCCAAGACAGGCAUGAACGUGGAGCUGGCCUUCUUGGCCAUUGCCAAAGAACUGAAAUACCGGGCCAGGCGGCAGGCCGAUGAACCCAGCUUCCAGAUCCGAGACUACGUGGAGUCCCAGAAGAAACGGUCCAGCUGCUGCUCCUUCGUGUGACCAGGCUGGCCAGGGUCUCCAGAGGCCCAGACGACACGGCCAUCUCC